UUUGGCAAAUGACCUUGCUAUUGUGUUACAGACAAUAUAUAAAGCUGUGCAUGAAAUCAUUUUGCUUAAACCUAGUUUCAUCCAGGAGGUAUUUUUACUGACAACCUGACAAAGUCACCAUUGCUCUCAAAGUUAAGAAAAAUUUCAGCCAUUAAGUCAGCCAAAGACAUCUGUUAGAGCUACAAUACCGAAUCUCAGCAUGGAAACAGACAACAACAUUCAUGACAUUCGGAAGCAAGAAAAAGAUAAUAUAAAGCACCUCAACAACCGUUUUGCUGACUUCAUCAACAAGGUACAGGAACUUGAAAAAGAAAACAAAACGCUGACAGCAAAGCUUGAACUUCUUCAGAAUCAAAACUUCUACAAGUCAAAUAUUGAUGAAGUGCUUGAUGAUUGCCAGACAAACCAGAAGAAUCAGAUAGAUGCCUUAGAUGAAUGAGAGGAAAAAAACUUGAGAAAGAGUUAGAAAUGCUGGAAGAAAUGCUAGAAGAUCAGAAGCAAAAAUAUGAGGAUCAAAUCAACAAACGCACCAACUCUGAAAAUGAAUUUGCAGACAGUAAAAAGGCUUUUGAUGACACAUUCAUGAAAAAAAUUGAAACGGAAGAUAACAUACACACACUGAAUGAAGAAAUGGAUUUACUGAGGGAGAUAUAUGAUGAGGAGACCAAAGAAAUCAAUUCCUGUAUUGAGAAUGCCACAACUGUAGUGCAAUUGAAAAGCCACCAUAACCUGAAUACGGCUGCCAUUGUGGAUGACGCCAAAAAACAUUAUGAAGAACUUGCUUCCAAAGGCCGAAACGAGGCAGAGAAGGCUUACAGUUCAAUGUACAAUAAAAAGGCAGAAGAGGAUCAGAAUAUCAGCCGUGAUCUAAAGGAAAUCAAGUCACAGAUGAGCAAAAUUAUGAGACAGAUUGCAAAGCUACAAAGUGAAGUUGAUGCUGCUAAGAAGCAGCGUGAUUCCCUUGCACAAGCAGUUUCUGAAGCAGAGGAACAAGGGGAAAAGGCAAUCCGUGAAUCUCAGAAGAAUGUGGCAGAACUUGAAUCUUCACUGCAGAACACCAAACAGGAGAUGGCUCAACGACUGCAAGAAUACCAAUUGCUGAUGAACACAAAGCUGACACUAGAUAUUGAGAUUGCCACCUACAUGAAGCUCCUGGAAGGUGAAGAAAAGAGGACUCAGCACAUAGUGUAAAGGCCAAGCCUGAUCUUGAAAGUGAAGAUGUCCAAGGCUAUGUCCUGUGUACCAUCCAUAAAAUAUGAGGAGACACACUGAACAAAUAACUGUUCUAACAAGUCAUUUCUGUGUUUUUAAUGUGAAUGAACUUCCUGAUCACGACUGUGGGUGCUAUUUAAUCAUAAGCCCUUUCUUAUUUUAGCUUACUUAAAGACUUGGUAUAAUUUCAAUUAUUAUUUAGUUGCCAUUUGUUCUGCAAAUUGAUCUACUAGUCUAUUCAUAAUUAACAUAAAUGUAAUUACUAAAUAAUUUUUAGAUUAUUUUAUUUGCACAUAAUGUGAUUUUGGAAUUGCCUUUGUAACCAUGAAUAGUUGUUUGAAAAACAUUUGUAAAAUGUUUACUACACAGUGUGCUAUCCUAAAAAAUACACUUUCAUUCGUAACAAAUUCAUACCUGCUAUAAUUAGAGGGUCUAUUGUCAUACUGUGGUUCCAAGGUGUCUAAUAAACCCUUUUCAUUCCCCUUUUAA